ACGGCUUCGUUGCUCCACUAUUGUACUCUCCGGUUGUCUGUUUUCUCAUACUUUAUAUACUAUUGUAAGACAUACGUCAUUUACUUGAUUUAAUUUUCAUUCAAGGGUCUUUUAUUUUCACUGUUGUCUUGAAUAGUUUACUACCCGCACAUUCCGCAUACAAUGAGGGGCUUGGGAAUAAUUUUCGUCAUCGUUAGCCUCUUCCUCGGAAUCAGCGGUGCCGAUGAUACCCUUAAAUGUACCACAAUGCCUGUCAACAACAUCCCCGAAGAUUGGAGAAAAAUGAACGAUCCUUGCGUCGCAAUACUCAAAAAACAGGUGAAAAGUGAGCUCACCGUUGCUAUGUCGUAUCUGGCAAUGGGUGCCUAUUUCUCCCGCGACACAGUAAACCGGCCAGGAUUCAGCGAGUUCUUCCUGAAAAGUGCGAGCGAGGAGCGUGAGCAUGGCAUCAAAAUAAUGGAGUACCUCCUGAUGCGUGGUCAGCUCACUAGCGACGUAACGGAGCUGCUGACCAGAGUGCCCCGAGUGGAACGUCAUACCUGGCAUACUGGAGUCGAGGCCCUCACCGAAGCCCUGAAACUCGAGCAGGAAGUCACCGCGAGGAUUCGGCGAAUCAUCGAGACCUGCGAAUCGAAAGACUUCAACGAUUAUCACUUGGUGGACUAUCUGACAGCGGAGUUCCUGACCGAGCAGUACAAAGGCCAACGAGACCUUGCGGGAAAGAUUUCAACUCUUGGAAAAAUGACUGCAUCCCAAAAAGCGCUCGGAGAAUUUUUGUUUGAUAAGAAACUUCUCAACAAUCAGCUUUAAAAUUGCCUCGUUGCAAUCAGUAUCGAUAAUUUUUUUGGCCAAUUAUUUUCCAAUUGUUGAUUAUUCUAGCUACUUGAAAAAAAAAAAAA